AUGUAUAAAUACGACAGCUCGCAUAGAUCAUCUUCACCUUCAACUAAUAACGAUAUUAAUAAUGAUCGUCAUCAAUGUUUAAAUAAUCCCGAUUUAAAUUUAAAUGUUUCUUCAUUCAAUUCUAGAAUCAACAAUGAAGACCCUUUAAUUGCAGCAAUUUCUUAUCAUAUGUCAAUGAUUAAAGAGCACAGGAUGAAGAUUAGUCAGCAUCAUUUUGAAUUGGAACAAAUGAUCAAUAUGUUAAGACAUAGAGAUAAUCAAGAUAGAAAAUAA